CUGUGUCGGUGACCGAUGUGGACCUGGAGGCAGGAGGGAGCAAGAGGCUCCUGUCCCAGCAGAACACCCAUGAGGGCUAUGUGGAGCUGCACGAGCUGGUCAUGGACAGCUCAAAGGACUUGUGCUGGAUGGAGGCUGGCCACUGGCUCAAGCUGGAGGAGGACUUCCAAGAGUCAGGGCACUGGGGCCAGCCCCAUCUCUCCUUCCUGACCUACCGCAGCCUCCUGGAUAUCCUACGGAGUUUGGAAAAAGGCACCGUUCUCCUCGACGUGGCAGCCAAGUCUCUGCCUGCCAUCGUCCACGUCCUCCUUGACCAGAUGAUCUACGAGGGGCAGAUCAAGCCACAGGACCGGGAGGACAUCAUGAGGACAUUGCUCCUGAGGCACAGCCACCCCAGUGAAUCUGAGUCGGUGUGGACACUGCCACCAGCACUGCUGCAGCGCUCGGGCACCGGCCGGGCAGAGACGGAGCAGCUGCUGCUGCGGGAGCAGCAGCCCAUGGAGAUGCGCAGGCUGGCAGGGGCUGAGCAGGGGCCCACAACUGGGGCAUCCAGACCCCAACUCCCGGAGAAUAUCCCUGAGGAUGCUGAGGCCACCCUGGUCCUCGUGGGCUGUGCAGCCUUCCUGGAGAAGCCAAUCUUGGCCUUCGUGCGUCUGAAGGAAGCAGCCACACUGGAUGGUGUCCUCACUGUGCCCCUCCCUGUUCGCUUCCUCUUCGUGGUGCUGGGCCCCGACAGCCCCGUCGUCAGCUACCACGAGAUCGGCCGCGCCAUCGGCACCAUGAUGUCUGAGAGGGUGUUUCGCCGGGAUGCUUACCUGGCCGAGGGCAGGCAGGACCUGCAGCAGAGCCUGCAGGGUUUCCUGAACGCCAGCAUCGUGCUGCCACCCACCGAGGUCCCCAACGAGCAGCUGCUCCGCGCCCUGGUCCCUCUGCAGCGCGACCUGCUGCGCCGCCGCUACCAGCACCCUGUUGCACAGAGGGUGCCCCCAUGGCCACCUGCUGUGUCCCCAGGGCUGGAUGAGCAGGAGGCAGAGGAGGACGACCCUCUGCGCAGGACGGGGAGACCUUUUGGGGGACUGGUGAGGGACAUCUGCCGCCGCUACCCCAAAUAUCUCAGUGACAUCAAGGAUGCUCUCAGCCCCCAGUGCCUGGCUGCUGUCAUCUUCAUCUACUUUGCGGCGCUGUCACCUGCUGUCACCUUUGGAGGGUUGCUGGGUGAGAAGACCAAGGGCAUGAUGGGGGUGUCAGAGCUGCUCAUCUCCACCUGUGUGCAGUGUGUGCUCUUCAGCCUCCUCAGUGCUCAGCCCCUCCUUGUCGUUGGCUUCUCGGGACCCCUCCUUGUCUUUGAGGAAGCUUUCUACUCGUUCUGUGAUGGCUAUGAUAUGGAAUACAUCGUGGGCCGGGUCUGGAUUGGCUUCUGGAUGAUCCUGCUGGUGCUGGUGGUGGUGGCAUGUGAGGGCAGUUUCCUGGUGCGCUACCUGUCCCGCUACACCCAGGAGAUCUUCUCCUUCCUCAUCUCCCUCAUCUUCAUCUUCGAGACCUUCUCCAAGCUGGUCACGAUUUUCAAGGAACACCCACUGCAGCGGCAGUACAACGUGCAGACCCAUUUCCAGGCUGGGGAGCCAGAGCCCAACACAGCACUGCUGUCCCUCGUCCUCAUGGGUGGCACCUUCUUCUUGGCCUUCUUCCUCCGUGUCUUCAAGAACAGUUCCUUCCUGCCUGGCACGGUCCGGCGCUUGAUCGGGGACUUCGGGGUGCCCAUUUCCAUCUUUGUCAUGGCACUGGCUGACUUCUUCAUCAAGGACACGUACACACAGAAACUGAACGUCCCCAGAGGGUUGGAGGUCACCAACUCGUCCGCUCGGGGCUGGUUUAUCAGCCCCAUGGGGAAUACAAAGCAGUUCCCCAUCUGGAUGAUGUUUGCCUCAGUGGUACCUGCCCUCCUGGUCUUCAUCCUCAUCUUCCUGGAGACGCAGAUCACCACCCUCAUCGUCAGCAAACCCGAGAGGAAGCUGGUGAAGGGCACAGGCUUCCACCUGGACCUGCUGCUGAUCGUGGCCAUGGGGGGGCUGGCAGCCCUUUUUGGGAUGCCCUGGCUCAGUGCCACCACUGUCCGCACCAUCACCCACGCCAAUGCCCUCACUGUGAUGAAAAAGACCUCUGCUCCUGGAGAGAAACCCCAGAUCCUGGAGGUGAAGACUUGGCGGAUGCACCUCUUCACCUUCACCCAGAUCAUUGUCCUGGUGCUGCUGUGGGUGGUGAAGUCCACCCCAGCCUCGCUGGCACUGCCCUUUGUCCUCAUCCUCACCGUGCCCCUGCGGCGCUUCCUGCUGCCCAAGAUCUUCCGGGACAUCGAGCUCAAAUGUCUGGAUGCAGACGAUGCCGUGGUGAACUUCGAGGAGGCAGAGGGGAAAGAUGUGUACAACGAGGUGCAGAUGCCCAGCUAA